UGCAUACCUAAGUUGAAUUAGUUGUUAUUUUCCUUAAGAAUACAUAAAAUGGGAAACACUAUGCAUUCAUCUCAAGGUUAAUAAUUAUGAAUGAUUUGCGAAGAUGAGGGUGAAUUUUCCUUGCUAAUGGGUAUUUCUAUAACUAAUUGUGACAAAUCAGAUUUAUGCAAAUAAUCUUUUAAUGGUGCAAUAAAAACUUUUUUUUGUACUCGUCGACUAUAAUUCUUGAAUUAAGAUUUCUUAUACCAAACUUCAAUUGGGUAUUUUUAAUGUAUGGGCUCCCAACUCAACUAUAAUAUUCAUAUCGAUUCUGUUUAGUCAACUAUAAUGAAACUGACCAAUCACAGCUUGCCGCGAUCAAGAGGCCGCCGAAAGACGCUGGAUGCGGGUCACUUCCAACCGGUACGAAUGGAGGUCCAAGGGGGAGGCCUAUGUUCAGCAGUGGACGUCUUAUGGCUGAGAUGAUGAUGAUGAUGAUGAUGAAACAAAAUCUACCCUCAAAUGGCUUCUUAAGUAAGCCAGUUGAGGUUGGAUGAAAACAUUACACGAUCAAAUAACGUAGGUUAAAGUCAGGUCGUUUGGUGACAUAUCUAGGCGGUUUUGCAUUUGGUUGGUUAACCAAUAAAUCUUAUAACUACCCGAAAAUGUAAAAAUUGUUUGUUUACUUUUAUUUAAAUACCUAAAGAUACAGACUACAAGUGCUGGUAUUAAAAAAAAGGUGGUACCAGAGUUAGGCUUGCAACUUUCAAAAAGAUGAUUAUACAAUCAAAUCCUUUAUUAUGUAUGACCUUUCCGGAACAUCGAAUUGUGUGUAAUGCCAACUCCUAUGUUGAAUAAGACAUGCACAAGAUUUUAAUGGUGAUUAUUAUAGAUAGACUACGCAAUAGCUAAUCUAUUAAAAAAAUAUCUAUAUCUUACAGCAAACUAGUAUGCAUAUCGCUGGUCGGCAGCAGCAAGGAGUGGAGCGUUUCCAUGCCCGAUACCGAGGAGAUCCUGUGCGUCACGGCGGGCAGCGACGUCGUCGCGUGUGCGACUAACGCGAGGUUGCUGCGGCUGUUCACGCCAAUGGGCACGCAGAGACAGGUCUGAUGAUGCUUCGACUUCAAGGGUAAAAACGAAUAAAACCACAGAUUGUAUACGAGGAACACCGCCAAAAUAUGGCUACAGCAACAUAGAAAUGACUCCACGAAAAAAAAAACUUGUAAAAAAGUUGCAGCGAACACAGUGUUUGUUAUCAUCACUCUCAAAAACAUCCAUCGAUUUGGACAAAUUAGAUUCCGAUUUUCUGAAAAAUGUUGUAUCAGACUCUCUGAAAAAUCAAGCCCGGAAACCUAGAGGCAAGCGAUGGAAUUUAAUUAACAAAAUUUCUGCUGUACUUUCAUAAAGUAUCUUCUGUAAUGCUAGAUCCAAAACAAAAACAUAAAAUGAAAGUGAAAUAUGCCGCUCAAACUCUAAGUAAUACUUUCGCAGCUAUUCUAAAGAUGAUUGCAGAAAAAUAUGAAGACACAGAGUACGGAAAAGAAGUGGCACAAACAUCCGAGGUAGUACGGGACCUUAAUAAUUUAUUUGAUUCUACUAAUGGCCCAUCAAACCCAAAAGAUGUAAUAAAGGGACGAAGACAAAAUGUGUCUCGUAAAACCAAUCACAUAGAAAUCUGGAAUAGUUUUUUGAAAAAGCUGAAGUCAAUGGAGUUCAUGAAAUCAGAUAGCAGGUUAAGAUUAAAAAGAGUCAGAUGCGUGGAAGGUUAUAUUGUAACCAUAAAUUCGCUUAAAGAUAUCUGGUGUUAUUGUAAGGAUCAAGGAUUUAACUAUUUGAAUUUACGCUCACUGAAUCAAGACGCUCUUGAAAACCUAUUCGGACUUAUACGACAGAAUAGCCCUACAAAUCGAAAUCCUACCUGCACACAUUUUGUAAGUGCAUUGAAAUCAAUUCAUAUUUCUGGAAUGAAUGCACCACAUAACCGAGGAUCUAAUUGCGAAGAAGAUUUGAACAAGUUAUUGCUUGUCAAUCCAUUAUGCCAACAUGAUGUUGAUGGUGAUGAGAAACUCACAUCAAUGACUACCAAUGAAGAAGAAGAAUAUCCUGUUUUAAUGAUACCUGAAAAUGAAUUAGAGGAGCAAAUUGAAACAGAUUUAACAGACAUAGAAAAUCAACCUAUUGUAUAUUUAAGCGGUUACAUAGCUUAUAGACUGUUGAAGAACGUAAGCUGUCAAAUGUGUUCUAAUUUGCUGAAACUGGAAGAUGUUACAGAUCACCCAAUGUAUAAAUUUAUAAGCUUGCGGGAGUGGUGGCAAGAAAAGAAAUCAUUAACGUACCCAUCUAUCCAGCUGUGUCGUACAAUUGAGGAAGCGAAAAACUAUUUUGAAAAAAAUAGUCAUUUAUUAUAUGAAGAAAAUGUCGGGCAAAUGUUUUGCACACUCUUUGCGGCAAACAUUAACAUAACCUGGUGGACAUGUAAGGAACAUGAGGAUUUCAUGAAAAAACAAUUAUUUUGGCUUGUGACCAAAAUCUUAAUUAGAAGACAGUGCCAAAUAUUAAAUUCGGAUAUUAUUAAAACAGAAGAAAUUUCUGCGAACGCUGCAAAGAUAGCUCAACUAAGAAGCGCUGCAAAAUAAUAUAUGUAAUAACGAGUAUGCAAUAUCAAUUCCACGCGGACGAAGUCGCGGGCAACACCGCGACUUCGUCCGCGUGGAAUCUUAUCUUCAACAUUUUACAUCUUUAGUACCUAUAAUUUUCAUAUCCAAGCAAUGUUGACAUUUUUUAGCAAGUUGUAUGAAGUUUUAAGUCAAGUGGAUUUUGAUGUUGGUUGCUGAAAUUACUUUUCUUGUAUUCUCAUAAUAGGUAUCUAUGCCCUUAUACAAAGAUUCAAGUUCCGCAUUCCGCACUCACUAAAUAUCUGAUCUCCAUACAAACUUUCAACCCCUUUUUCACCACCUUAGGGGAUGAAUUUUCAUAAAUGCUGAAAUGAGUUUUCUUGUAUUUUAAUUUAAAACGUUUUUACAAAGUGUCAAGUUCCUUGCUUAAAAUAAAAUUUGCACCCGCAGACAAACUUCCAUCCCCUUUUUAACCUCCUUAGGGGUUGAAAUUCCAAAAACGUUGCAAUCACUUUUUUUUGCAAUCGGCUAUUAUGCCUUUCUAAGAAGUUUCAAAACCAUUUGUAAUGGAUUCAUACUUUCAACCCCUUUUUAACCCUGUUAGGGGAUGAAUUUUACAAAACGCUGAAAUUACUUUUCCUGUCUUCUAAUAAUAUUCCUAAAUACAAAGAUUCAAGUCCAACACUCGAAAAAAUGUUUGAUAUCCAUACAAACUUUCAACCCCUUUUUCAUCACUUUAGAGGUUGAAUUUUCAAAAACGCUGAAAUUAGUUUUCUUGUAUUUAAAUAAUAUAUCUUUUAACGAAGUUUCAAAUUCGUAGCUCAAAAGAAAACUUUAACCCCAUACAAAUUUUACGUUCAUAACAUAAGCGUAUUGUAAUAAUAAACUAUCUGUAUCAUAUCUUUAAUAUGUUAAAUAAAAUUAUUUUUAUA